GCUAGAUUGGAAUCUUGUAGCCGAACCUCACCACCAAUCAUCAUCCGAACCCUUAUCCGAACCAAAAUCCAAAUUAGGAAACGACAACCAAAUCGUAAAAUUACCCGCCUUCCCCACCUAUCGGCGGGUGUCUCAAAUCUUCCGGCAGCGGUGUAGCUUCCCCUUCUGCUCCGGCCUAAACCCUAAUCGCACCCGCCUAAAAAAUUUCCAACCUAUUCUGUUAGGGAAUCAACCGCCGCGGCAGAGUUAUCGAAGGCCGCACUUAUCCGAGGCUAUCCUCCGCGUUAAAGCUAUCCUUGUAUCUUUUCCGAGAGUCCGGGAACACUCCCUAAGAAUUCGUGUGGCUCUAUAUACAUUGGUGAAUUGAAAUUAGGUUAAAGUAUUGGAUUGGAUAUGAGCUCAUUUUAGCAGAACAUGAGUAGAUUAUCAAUCAGGCCGCGUCCACUUGACUUUAACAAGAAGCUUCCUAUAGUCAAAUCUUUCAAGGAUUUCGAUGAUGACAUUGAGAUUCCCUCUAAUACCCGCAACCAGAUUCUCCGCCUUGCAGCUGAAGCAGCAGAAAAUGAGGUACAUCAAGUUUCUGUCAAGAAACUGGCUUCUGAAAUACCUACUCCGGAGUCUGUCAUCGUAGAUACAUAUGAGACCGAUUAUUUGCCCAAUUUUGCCCAACCAACGUCAUAUAUACAUGCAAGGGGAGCUCGAGCUGAGCUUGGGGAAUUUGUGGAGUAUGAUCUUGAUAAUGAAGACGAAGAUUGGCUUCAAGAUUUCAACAUAGAAAGAAAGGCCCUUCCAGCUGAAAAGCUUGAGAUGAUACUGUUUAAACUCGAAGUUUUAGAUCAUAAGGCUCGUGAAAGAGCAGGAGUAAUUACUCCUACUUUUGCUUCACCAAUCCCUGUGCUUCUUAGUUUUGAUGCUGCUGUUGAGGCUUUGCAAUCUAUUUCCACUACAUAUGGAGUUUUCCAGUCUAUUUAUAGCUACUGGAAAGAAAAGCGUGAAAGAUGGCAGAAGCCCAUUCUUCGGCGCUUGCAGCCACCUCCAUCUGUUAAUGAUACUAACCCAUAUAAUGUAUUUAGACCAAGGGAAAAGGCUCACAGGCUUCACACUAGGAGGAUGCAAAGGAGGGAAAACAAUGUUCAAUCCUUUGAAAAGCUUCGCCAGGUUAGACGCAACCUUGAACAAGCAAAGUCCAUUCUUGAUACUCUUGUGAAGAGAGAAGAGAAAAAACGAGACCUUAUGGAGAGUGAAGUUAGCCUUCAAAGGAUUCAAAUGCAACAUAAGAAUGAUACUGAGCUUCUAAAAGAUAUGUUUGCCCUACAAGGAUUUCAUUCAUUUCCAAGCAUGGUUGAUUCAAGUGAUGAGGAAUUUGUUGACUCAGAUGAUGCUGAUCUUAGCCACCUACCCAAACGACCUUAUAUGGCGGUACAUAAUCUUCCUUCCUUCGACCCAAAGAUCAGGUUGGGUUCUGCAGGAAGCAUGAGGCGAGUGUUCAAACGACGUCAGGCCCCAAAUGGAUGGCUCCAAAAUUUGGAGCCUGGGGAACCUGUUUUGCUGUUCACAAAGCCUCUGGAUCCCGAGAGACUGGCAGCUGCAGGCAUUUCUAUGCCUCCACUAACAAGUUCUUUUCCACGCUGUCGUGGGCGUAUUGGCCGGGGUGGGCGACUGGUGUUUGAUAGGUGGAACCCGCUUAUGCACACACCAAUUGAUUGUGGAGAUGCUUUAUACGUAGCACCAAAGCCUCAACAAGCCUCUCAUUUCUGACAGUCAAUUCCCAAGCUUUACAGAGUACUGCGUGGAUAUCAUGGAAAGCUUUGCUGGUAGAGAGAGGGAGAGAGAUCAACCAAUUGUUUCAAGUUAGUUGCUUUCUUUUCAAAGCUAUUACACACUAGUCAGAUAAGAUACUCUAACUGUAAUUUGUGGAAAUGUAAUAUUUUUUGUUUAAGUUAUAAUGAAUUAUCAUGCUCCAUCACUUUUCUUGAUCCGCUUUUCUUUUGUGGAAGUUUGUUAUUACUUGCUCCAGCUUCCAUUUUGACCAGUGUCACAAUAUCGAAACACAAGUCUUCUUACUUUUUGGUAGUCCCUUGUCUACCUUUUGAUAUUCGUUCUCCCAUUUUUUUCAUAUACCAGAAUUUCACUACCACUAGAACGUUGCUCUUGUAUUGUGAAGUUCCCUCGGGCCUCUGGGCUUAAUAGAAGUGAAAGGAGGGAGUAAUUCUUUUCAUAUGUAUCUAUGUAUGUGUAGCUUAU